UGUACUGGCGGAAUUUGAGAUCACUCAAUAGUAAACUGGUUGCAUGGACUUCAGCUUGACCGUAUCCAUGAUGAUGACAUGAUCUUUGUGGGUUUUUUGUGGAAUAUUAUACAAUAGGAAGCUUUCAAUACCAAGGAGGUAUCAGAAAGAAUAUUUGAACGUGUUAGCCCUUUAACUAUCAUCAUCCGUGUACUUACGAUGGCUCCCAGGAAGAAUUCCAGAAACCAAGCCAAAAAAGAGGUGAAGCCUAUGUCAGUACUGAAUAAGAAUGGCGUGAAGGCGGAGGCAGCAUCUGCUAGUGGUGGUGGUGGUGCAAAGAUCUUCACCUGGUUCAUCGUGCUCGCCUUGCUGGGAGUGUGGAGCUCUGUGGCCGUGGUCUGGUUAGACCUGGUGGACUAUGACAGCGUCAUGGCGAGAGCAAAGGAGUUCCGUUUUAACUUUUCAGAGGUUUUGCAAGGUAAACUUUCGGCAUAUGAUGCAGAUGGCGACGGCGACUUUGAUGUGGAGGACGCAAAAGUAUUGCUGGGCUUGACCAAAGAUGGCGGUGAAAUUACUAAUGAAAACGCAGAUUCCAUAGAGGAAAUCUUCGGUAUUUUAGCUGAGGAGGGCUCUGAUUGGUUUUACGGCUUCUUCACGUUUCUCAAUGACGUAAUCACUCCUCCCGUAGAGAAGGUGGAGGAUCCAGAGAGCGUGACCGCUGAGGAAGAGGGUGAAGGUGCCGAAAAAGACGUAAAAGUUCCUGCUGCCCAAAAGGAAAGGCUGACAAAAGUGGAGAAGCUCAUAGUUGUUCCCGUUCCAAAAGCUGAAAAGCCAAAAGAUGAGAGGCCUGGAGAGUUGGAGUUUAAAAAGAACAGAACUAAAGAACAUCCAACUAGAGGACUUGGAAGGAAAUUAAAGGCAGCAUUAAAGGAACAGUUAAGAAUAAUGCAUGAGAAGAUUGAAGCCAACAAAAUUGCUGAAAUGGCUCUGGCUGAAGUGAGAAAAGUCCUAGCCAAAGAGGAGGAAAAGAGAAAAUUGACCACAGCUCUGGAGCUCAAGAGACAAGCCGCCUCCCAGAAAUUGCUAGCGGCUCAACUAAGAGAGAAAAGGGAACUAGAAGCAAAAAAAGAGGCUGAGAAGUCAGCACAAGAGCAAACAGAGAAAGAAAGGCUAGAGAAAAAGCGUUUGGAACAGUUAGAGAAGGAAAGAGAAGAAAAGAGGCUAGAGAAACUGAGGGAUGCAGCGGAGAUAGCAGAAAAGGAGCGAUUAGAGAAGGAAAAAGUAGAGAAAGAAAGGAUGGAGAAAGAGAGACUGGAAAAGGAGCGGGCAGCCAAAGAAAAAUCUGAGAAGGAGAGGGCUGAGAAAGAGCGAGCAGAAAAGGAGAGGACUGAGAAGGAGCGGGCAGCUAAAGAGAAAGCGGAAAAGGAGAGGAUUGAGAAGGAACGGGCAGCUAAAGAGAAAGCGGAAGAGGAGAGGAUUGAGAAGGAACGGGCAGCUAAAGAGAAAUCGGAAAAGGAGAGGGUUGAGAAGGAACGGGCAGCUAAAGAAAAAACGGAAAAGGAGAGGGUUGAGAAGGAACGGGCAGUUAAAGAGAGAGCGGAAAAAGAGAGGGUUGAGAAGGAACGGGCAGCUAAAGAGAAAGUGGAAAAAGAGAGGGUUGAGAAGGAACGGGCAGCUAAAGAGAAAGCGGAAAAGGAGAGGGUUGAGAAGGAACGGGCAGCUAAAGAGAAAGCGGAAAAGGAGAGGAUUGAGAAGGAACGGGCAGCUAAGGAGAAAGCGGAAAAGGAGAGGGUUGAGAAGGAACGGGCAGCUAAAGAGAAAGCGGAAAAAGAGAGGGUUGAGAAGGAACGGGCAGCUAAAGAGAAAGUGGAAAAAGAGAGGGUUGAGAAGGAACGGGCAGCUAAAGAGAAAGCGGAAAAGGAGAGGAUUGAGAAGGAACGGGCAGCUAAAGAGAAAGCGGAAAAGGAGAGGAUUGAGAAGGAACGGGCAGCUAAGGAGAAAGCGGAAAAGGAGAGGGUUGAGAAGGAAGGGGCAGCUAAAGAGAAAGCGGAAAAGGAGAGGGUUGAGAAGGAACGGGCAGCUAAGGAGAAAGCGGAAAAGGAGAGGGUUGAGAAGGAACGGGCAGCUAAAGAAAAAACGGAAAAGGAGAGGGUUGAGAAGGAACGGGCAGCUAAAGAGAAAGCGGAAAAGGAGAGGAUUGAGAAGGAACGGGCAGCUAAGGAGAAAGCGGAAAAGGAGAGGAUUGAGAAGGAACGGGCAGCUAAGGAGAAAGCGGAAAAGGAGAGGGUUGAGAAGGAACGGGCAGCUAAAGAGAAAGCGGAAAAGGAGAGGAUUGAGAAGGAACGGGCAGCUAAAGAGAAAGCUGAAAAGGAGAGGGUUGAGAAGGAAAGGGCAGCUAAAGAGAAAGCUGAAAAGGAGAGGGUUGAGAAGGAACGGGCAGCUAAAGAGAAAGCUGAAAAGGAGAGGGUUGAGAAGGAACGGGCAGCUAAAGAGAAAGCGGAAAAGGAGAGGGUUGAGAAGGAACGGGCAGCUAAAGAGAAAGCGGAAAAGGAGAGGAUUGAGAAGGAACGGGCAACUAAGGAGAAAGCGGAAAAGGAGAGAGCUAAGAAAGAGAGGCUAGAGAAGGAACAAUUGGCUAAAGAAAAGGAACGGCUGGAAAAAGAGCAGGCAUUUAAAGUAAAGGCAGUAAAGGAGAAAGCUGAGAAAGCACGAAUUGCCAAAGAAAAGGAGCGGCUGGAGAAAGUUCAAGGAAAGGAAAGAACAGAGAAAGAAAAGUCAGUAAAAGGGAAGGAAGGUAGAGGAAGGGCAGAGAAAGAGCGGGUCGCCAAAGAGAUGGCUGCUAAUGAAAAAUUUAGGGCAGAAAGAGAGCACUUGGUCAAAGAAAAAGCUGCAACCACCAAGGUCGAGAUGGAACAGUUAACUGGGCACAAGGCAAGGAAGGAGAGACCAGAGAGAGAGAGACUUCUCAAAGAAAAAGUGGACAAGGAGAGAGAAGUGAAAGUGGAGAGAGUGGCUAACCAGACGAAGGAGAUGCCUGAGAAAAAUGCCAAUUGUGCAACUUCAAACAAGAGGUCUAAGAACUUGAAUGAGAAGUUGAUUUUAAAAGACCUUCUGAAGUCUAAACCUACCAAGCUAAACAAGAAAUGAAAUUGUGCGGGAUUGGAAUUAUAAAUCGACAGCUAGACUGUCCUCUCGAAAGGCCCUCGUUAAGGUGGCCAUUUUCUGCCAUAUGACCUAAACUAAUCCAAUAUUCUUGAGAUCUGAGUCUUAGGGAGAGCAGCUAGAAAUUGCAUUGGAAUUGAGCUGAUAUAAGUCAUGGUGCUGAACUCCGUCACAUUCAGGUCAGUGUUAACUACAGCUGGCGUGUGGUGAUUGGUGACCAAUGAUCAUCAACUUUGACUUUGGUCUAUGGUUCUUACUAAUGGAUUGUGCUCUACCUUGCAAUCCCCCUUUCUUGGUAUAAUAUGAUUUAUUUAUUUGUUAGGAAACGGAUUCACUGAGUACCACCCAGGGGUAACAUGUUAUUGUGGUUCAGAUGUGGGCCCCUAAAAAGAGAGGUUUGUCAGUACCUGCCUCUGUGGGCGCAGUAAUUAAAACUGAGGACAUAUUCAUCAGUCAUUAGGGUAUUUUUGGACCCUACACCUGCAACCUCUGAAUGUACCAUGUGUGUUUGAACCUAGUUAAAACACAAUAUAAUGCAGUGCAAUGCAUAUAUGUGGGUGGUUCUACUGUACACUCUUGGAGGUUUGCUACAAUUUAUAUGAUGUAAAAAUAUGCAACGAAGAUAAGAGAAAAUAAUAUUCAAGGCAAGGUACGAUUUGCUUGAAGUGAUUUUUUUAUUUAAUCUGAUGUUUUUUCAAGUAGUUUAAAUGGCUUUAAAAUACUCAAAUGUACAUUGUCAUACUGAUUUACAAUGACUAAAUUAUUGAUGAUUAACUGGGCUAUCGGCUCUUUUGUGGCUUGUCAAUUGAUUUAUGUUAAUGAUUUUUGACUCUUUGCUUGCUUUCCAGCUAUGUGCUAGUAAAGUAAUCUGCAUUGUGUGUUAAUAUGAUUACAACAAUUUAUUUUGUUGAAAACAUUUACAGUAUGACUUGAGGCACUUCACAUAUUGAAUCUAGACUGAACAUUGUUGUUUUCAUAGAGACUUUAUUAUUUUUCGUGAGUGUGAAACUAUCUGUUUGGAAGAACUUACCAACUCUUCUAGGUGCACUCUAUUGACAUUUAACAGUUUUGAAUGUUAUAUUUGAUGCACAUUUUACCCCCCCAUUUGAAUCCUGCUUUCAGAUUAGCCUAGGUAUCCUGUGGAUGGCAGUGCAAUUGGCCUGCACCUCCCGGGUUUAGUUAUUGAGUAUUUAAUAAAAAUAGGGACCUUAUCUAGUGGCUCAUUAGUGACUGCUUGUUGGAUUGCUAUGAGGUCAAUCAAUUUAGAAGGUAAGAGAAUUCCGGUUGAGCGUGCUGCGUGAUUUAAAACAGAAUACCACUGACUGCCCCAAGUCUGCUGGGAGUUGCUGCAUUGAAGAAGGGUCUUAAUUAUAAAUUGGAUAUCAACAUAUUGGGGGGAGAACCUGAACCUUUUGUUUUUGUGUCUGUUAACACCUGAAGCGUAUUGGGGUCAGACAUUGGUUGUUUUCUUGUCUCAGCAGGUACUGGUGGUACUGUUGUUGGUAUAGCUGUCACAUGAUAUCAUUGGUGACUUAAUUUUUGGUCCAAAAAUGCAACAGUACCAAAUAAGGAUAGCUUUUGUCCUCAGUGUAAAUGCUUUUGACUUUUUGUUUAAUAAAGUUUGGUUCUCAUA